GCUAGACGCUAGCCAGUUCUUUGCGUCGUGCCCGCGUGCUUGUAUCGGUUUUAUCGACAAGAAAACCGCACGUCGCGUCUGUAAAAAAUCAUUAAACAGCAGGACCAUUUUCCUAGUUAAAUACCAUUACACAUUCCAUUGUCUCUUUAGUAUCAUCAUUACAAGCCGGUCGGCAAGAUCUUCUCUAUUUAUUGCUAAUUUGGUGGUGUACGUUAGUCGCGUACGAAGGAUUUUUGGUCAGAAAAGGAAACAUAAUUUGCGACAUUUGUCAGGAUUAUAUCCACGUGUGAGCUUAUAGUCCACUAGGCUCCCGCGUCUGAUAAAUUCGGCAGAAAUAGAAAACUUCUAACGAAAGCUGAUCAUAUCACGAUUAUCAUAAUGCCAGCACAAUUUGAAAGUGCAAACAGUCCCAUCGUGAGAGAACCAACCAUGAUGAAUGGCAAUACCACGCCAUACAAUGUAAAUGAUGAAAUUGUAAUUAGCGGCUUUUCCGGCCGCUUCCCAGAGUCCUCAGAUGUUGAAGAAUUCAGGAAAAAUUUAUUCGAGGGUAUUGACAUGAUCACAGACGAUGAGCGGCGAUGGGCCGCUGGUCUUCACGGUUUGCCUGAGAGAUCUGGUAAACUGAAGAAUCUUGAACUCUUCGAUGCUACCUUCUUUGGUGUUCACGCGAAGCAAGCUCAUGUAAUGGAUCCACAGUUACGUAUGCUUUUGGAAGUAACUUACGAAGCUAUUGUAGACGCUGGUAUCAAUCCAAAUGAUGUCAGAGGGUCCAAGACUGGCGUGUUCAUAGGUGUUUCAUCGUCAGAAUCAGAUGAAUUUUGGACCGUGGAUCCGGAUCAGGUUAAUGGAUAUGGAUUAACCGGAUGCUGCAGGGCUAUGUUCUCAAAUAGGAUUUCAUAUACAUUCGACUUCAAUGGCCCUAGUUACGCACUAGAUACCGCAUGUUCUUCAUCUCUGUAUGCUAUGCAUCACGCAGUCUGUGCAAUGCGUUCGGGAGAAUGUGAUGCAGCUAUUGUCGGUGGUUGUAAUCUUCUCUUGAAACCCACCAGCUCACUUCAGUUCCAUCGGUUAAAUAUGUUGUCUCCGGAUGGUGCCUGCAAGGCGUUCGACGCUGAUGGCAAAGGAUAUGUUAGAUCAGAAGCUAUUUCGGUUAUUUAUCUGCAAAGAGCAAAGGAUGCACGCAGAGUUUAUGCCACUAUUUUACAUUCCAAGACUAAUGUUGAUGGUAACAAAGUUCAAGGAAUCACUUAUCCUAGUGGAGAUAUGCAGAAUAAGUUGAUGCGUGAAGUUUACACGGAAAUAGGUAUUAACCCUGCAGACGUUUCUUAUGUAGAAGCUCAUGGAACCGGAACCAAGGUCGGAGAUCCGCAAGAAAUCAAUUCUAUUGCAAGUUUGUUUUGUAAAGGCAGAAAGGGUCCUUUAUUGCUUGGUUCUGUUAAAUCUAACAUGGGACAUGCAGAAGCUGCCAGCGGAGUAUGUUCAUUAGCAAAAUUGUUUAUUGCCAUGGAGUCAGGUGUAAUUCCAGGUAAUUUGCAUUUCAAGAGUCCAAAUCAAGACAUACCUUCGUUGAGUGACGGAAGUAUACAAGUCGUAGACAAAAACACUCCGUGGAAAGGCGGAAUAAUAGCAAUAAAUUCGUUUGGUUUUGGUGGAGCUAAUGCACACGUUGUUCUUCGUAGCAAUCCAAAGCCAAAAUUGUCACCAGUUUUAGAUAGCAAAGUACCCAAACUCAUUACUAUAUCUGGUCGAACUGAAGAAGCUGUGAGUUCAUUCUUGGACAAAGCCAAGGAAUAUGAACAAGACGAUGAAUUUAUUUCUCUACUUCAUGAUAUUCACGCAAAUAACAUAUCAGGCCAUCUUUUCCGAGGAUACUCGAUUAUGGGAAAUGUUAAUUUUCAAGAAAUUGGUCAAUUUAUUGGUGAAAAACGUCCAGUUUGGUUUGUAUUUUCUGGUAUGGGGUCUCAAUGGCCAGGCAUGGGUAAAGAUCUGCUUUCUAUUGAGGUAUUCCAGAAAAGUCUACGAAGAUGUGCCGAAGCUUUAAAACCUGAAGGAAUCGAUCUGAUGAAUCUUAUCCAAAAUGGAACAGCUGAGACGUUUGAAAACGUUCUACAUUCGUUUGUUUCGAUUGCAGCUAUUCAAGUUGCACUUGUUGAUUUAUUAACGUUUUUGGGUAUCCAACCUGAUGGUAUAGUUGGACAUUCUGUUGGCGAAUUAGGAUGUGCUUAUGCAGAUGGUACUUUUACGCCGGAACAAACCGUUUUGGCUGCAUAUUGGCGAGGAAGAACGAUUAAGGAUUCUAAAUUAGAGCCUGGAGCAAUGGCUGCUGUAGGAUUGAGUUGGGACGAAAUAGCAGCUCGAUGCCCGCCCGACAUAAUACCGGCUUGCAACAAUUCAAGUGACUCUGUAACAAUUUCUGGUCCAACUGAAUCUAUAAAAAAAUUUGCAGAGAAACUGAAGAAAGAAAACAUUUUUAUAAAAGUAGUGAAUAGCUCAGGUGUUGCUUUCCAUAGCAAGUAUGUAGCUCCGGUGGGCCAGAAGCUUCGCGCUAUGUUGGAGAAAAUUAUUCCAAGCCCAAAACAGAGAACUUCUAGGUGGAUCUCUACAUCAAUACCCGAAUCAGCUUGGGGUACUCCAUUGUCGCAACUUAGCAGUGCUGCUUAUCAUGUGAACAAUUUAUUGUCUCCAGUUCUGUUUUACCAAGCAUUAUCUCAUAUUCCAGCCAAUGCUAUAGUUAUCGAAAUCGCGCCACAUUGUCUGCUACAAGCAGUAUUGCGUAGAUCACUGGGAUCAUCUGUGACUAAUAUUGGUCUGCAUAAACGAGAUCAUCCAAACAAUUUGGCUGUCCUUCUUGAAAGUAUAGGAAAGUUGUACAUAGCAGGAGGACAGCCUAAAGUAUCUAAGUUGUAUCCACCAGUUAAUUAUCCAGUUGGUCGUGGUACGCCAAUGAUCAAUUCCUUGGUUCAGUGGGAUCAUUCCACCGAAUGGAGCUACGCUAACUUCGGAUCAAAGAAUGCGAGUUCCGGGGAAAACGUAGUGGAAGUAAACCUGUCUAAUGAAUUAGACGCUUAUAUAUCCGGUCAUACCAUUGAUGGAAGAAUUCUUUACCCUGCUACUGGUUACUUAGUGCUAGUCUGGAAGACCUUCGCAAAAUUACGUGGAGUCGACUAUGAAAAAUUACCAGUUACGUUUGAAAAUGUAAAAUUCCAAAGAGCCACCAUCAUGUCAAAAGAAGGUUCCGUGAAGUUCUUGAUCAAUAUAUUCAUGGGCACUGGCGAGUUUGAAAUUUGUGAAAACGGAUCUGUUGCGGUAACUGGAACCAUUUCCACACCAGAAAAUAUUGAUAAAAUGUUAUUGAAUAUACCUGCACUAGUUCUUAAAAAUGAAAGUGAAUUAUUGGAAUUGAAUACAAAUGAUAUUUAUAAAGAACUUAGGUUGAGAGGAUAUGAUUACAGUGGAGUCUUUCAGGGAAUUAAAUCCUCCCAUAAUCGCGGGGGCUCUGGUAGACUUCUCUGGAAUAAUUGGGUCACAUUCAUGGAUACCAUGCUGCAAUUCUCUAUCCUUGAAAAAGACUCGAGAGGAUUGUAUGUACCGGUUCGCUUACAGUAUGCUGCAAUUAACCCCACUGUUCACUUAGAUUUCAUUAAAAAUUAUAAAGAAGAUGAGGGAGUCCCGGUAUACUCUUAUUCAAACAUUGGUAUUAUUAAAUCAGGCGGUAUUGAAAUUAGAAAGAUGAAAGCCUCUUUGGUUGCAAAAAAGCAACAAGCACAAGUUCUUAAACAUGAAAAAUGUUUAUUUGUGGCUUAUGAAAAUCCUCAACCACUGGUACAGGAUCCAGAGAAAGCUAAAUUAAAUGCUCUUACUGUGUUAUUGCAAAUUGUUUGCGAAAAUUUGUCAGGACAUAAGAUUAAAGCUGUCGAAGUGGCUGGAAAUUAUUCUGUGGAGUCUUUACUCGCAUCCAAUGUGAUGGACAUUCUUUAUGGCGAACCUUUGGUUACUGUUGAUCUACAAGUGGUAACAGCUUCACUUAAAAAAUACAGCAGUUUGCAAGGACACAAUAUUAAAAUCGUAAAACGCAACGAACAAAUAGAACAAGUUGGACAAGACCUGAAUCUCAUUGUAGCUAAUAACGUGUUAUCCAGCAACUCGUCAAAUAUAUUGCAAAAUCUGGCAAAUAGUUUGAAGUAUAAUGGAGGAUUUAUUCUCUUAGAAGAAACAAGUCAAGUUAACAGUAAUUCAGUGGUAAAUCAAGAUCUAAUUCACGUUGCUAAGCAAACUGUUCCUGGAAAGUCAUAUCAUUUAUUCAAGAAAAAAGAACAGAGAUCUGCACCUAUUGUCAUACAAAUAACAGAAAAGAAUUUCACCUGGCUAGAAGAUGUCAAGGCAGCUUUGAAAAAAUCUGUAUCUGAGAAUCAAGAACUUCUUUUUGUUAGCCAGGGUGAAGAACUGUUUGGUAUGACUGGAUUCAUGAAUUGUAUUCGUCGUGAGGAUGGUGGUUUAAAUGCACGUUAUGUUUUCAUACAAGACAAAAAUUUACCCAAAUUCAAUUUGCAUGAUAAGUUUUAUGCUCAACAAUUGAAUAAACAAUUGGUAGCUAACGUGCUGAAAGGCGGCAAUUGGGGAAGUUACAGACACUUACAGUUAGAUCAACAAAGUGAUGCGUCAUCUCUUCAAGUUGAACAUGCUUACAUUAAUGCGUUGUACAGAGGUGAUCUCAGCAGCUUAAGAUGGAUCGAAAGUCCAUUGAGCUACCAUCAACCAGAAAAGUUCCCAAAUACAGAAUUGUGCUCUGUGUACUAUGCACCAUUAAACUUUAGGGACAUUAUGUUAGCAACUGGAAAAUUGCCACCGGAUGCUCUUCCCGGAAAUCUAGCUAAUCAAGACUGUAUACUGGGUCUAGAAUUUUCCGGACGUGACUCGAAAGGUCAACGUAUCAUGGCUAUGGUGCCAGCUCGUGGUUUGGCAACUACUGCUGUAGCUGAUCCUGGUUUCAUGUGGAAAGUACCCGAUAAAUGGUCUCUAGAAGAAGCAGCGACCGUUCCAGUUGCAUAUGCCACUAGUUACUACGCCCUUUGUGUUCGAGGUGGCUUGAAAUCCGGCGAUAGUGUCUUAAUCCACGCUGGGAGUGGAGGUGUUGGACAAGCCAGUAUCUCUAUAGCUUUACAUGCAGGGUGCACAGUAUUUACUACUGUUGGAACUCAAGAUAAACGAGACUUUUUAAAACGAAUGUUUCCGCAGUUAACUGAUAGAAACAUCGGCAAUUCUCGAGAUACCAGUUUCGAACAAUUAGUACUUACUGAGACUAAUGGACGUGGUGUAGAUAUAGUGUUAAAUUCACUAGCUGAGGAGAAAUUACAAGCUAGCAUCAGAUGUCUCGCGCUGGGUGGCCGAUUUCUCGAAAUUGGAAAGUUCGACUUGUCAAAUGAUUCACCUUUGGGAAUGUCCGUAUUCCUGAAGAAUGCCUCUUUCCAUGGAAUACUUUUGGACGCAAUCUGUGAAGAAGAUGGUCCAGAGAGAAAAGAAGUUGUAAGACUUGUUAGUGAGGGAAUAAAGAGUGGCGCUGUUCGCCCACUUCCUUCCACGGUAUUUUCAGAGCAACAGAUUGAACAAUCGUUCAGAUUUAUGGCUACCGGUAAACAUAUUGGUAAAGUUUUACUGAAGAUUCGAGAUGAGGAGAAACAGAAAGUUAUACAGCCAUCAGCGAAGGUAGUUGCGGCUAUUCCACGUACAUACAUGAAUCCUGAAAAAUCGUAUGUACUAGUUGGCGGUCUUGGUGGAUUUGGUUUGGAACUUGCAGAUUGGAUGAUUGGGCGUGGUGCUAAAUACAUAGUUCUGACCUCGAGGUCUGGAGUACGUACUGGUUUCCAGUCAUUAUGCAUUCGUCGUUGGCGCGAAAUAGGUGUACAUAUCAAAGUCUCUACAGUGGAUGUAACGACAUUGGCUGGAGCCAAACAACUUAUUAAAGAAAGUAACGAAUUCGCUCCGGUUGGAGGUAUAUUUAACUUGGCAGCUGUUCUUCGAGAUGGUCUUAUCGAAAAUCUCAAAGAAACCGAUUUUGUGGCAUCGGCAUUACCAAAAAUUAAUGCAACCAAGAAUCUGGAUGUCGUAUCACGAGAAGUUUGUUCUGCAUUAGACUACUUUGUUGUAUUCUCAUCUAUCACAAGCGGAAGAGGCAAUGUGGGUCAGACUAAUUAUGGUCUUUCAAAUGCUACUAUGGAAAGGAUAAUGGAACAGAGACAAACGAAUGGCUUACCUGGUCUUGCUAUUCAGUGGGGAGCUAUUGGAGAUGUUGGUCUAAUUUUAGAGACAAUGGGUCGUUAUAAUGACACAGAGAUUGGUGGUACUUCGCCACAGCGCAUACAUAGUUGUCUCGAAACAAUGGAUAUAUUCCUUCAACAACCACAUCCGGUUCUGUCCACGUAUGUUUUAGCAGAUAAACGCAAGGGUGCAGAAAAUGCAAAUAAAAUGAGCAUAAUACAAGCAGUGGCCAAUAUCUUGGGCAUUAAAAAACUAGACAGCAUUAACCCAAGUAUUAGCUUGGCGGAUCUUGGAAUGGACUCUUUAAUGGGAACGGAAAUCAAACAGACACUUGAAAGGAACUACGAUCUGGUAUUAUCAGCCCAAGAAAUUCGAACUUUGUCAUUUGAAAAGUUGUCAGAGUUUAACGGUGGUGUUGCAACGGAAGAAGUUCCAAGCGCUGAAGAUCAGUCAGAGGAAGAUUCUAUAACAGAAUUAUUAUUCCAGUUUGAUAGUACAGAGAUCAUACCUAUGAAGUCUAUUAUACAAUUACAAACAAAGAAUUCAAAGGGACAGCCGGUAUUCUUCGUUCAUGCUAUCGAAGGAAUUAGUACAUUAUUUAAAACGGUGGCUAGUGAAUUGGAUCGACCUGCUUGGGGCUUCCAAUGUGUCAAAGAUAGUCCAUUGGAGUCAAUAUCGCAAUUAGCUGCCUUUUAUAUACAGGAAAUGCGAAAAAUUCAAAGUAAAGGACCAUAUCAUGUAGUAGGGUAUUCCUUCGGCGCUUGUGUUGCAUUUGAAAUGGGUCUUCAAUUAGAGAAAUCCGGAAAUACAGUAGUUUUAACUCUUCUCGAUGGUUCGCCGGAAUUUGUCAAAUUACAUUCUGUAGAAAUUGGAAAGCACGCUACUGACGACACCAUAGAUAUAAGUACGGACGGUUUUCGAAAGGCUAUGUCAUAUUUUAUUAGACAGUUUAAUACAAAGAUCAAUUUUAUUCAGGCAUAUGAAAUUUUGACACAAAUCUCUUCUGAAGAAGAAAUAUUAAAUAAAGUAGUGGAAUUAAUAAGCAAUUCUCAACUGAAAUCUAAAGAUUUAAAGAUUGCUGCUUCACUGUUCUACAAAAAGCUGAUUGCAGCUUACUUUUAUAAAACAGAUUCUGUAUAUAAUGGAGAUGUCUUAUUAAUUAAGGCUAAAGAUAAUUUUGUAUCUUUAAAUAAAGACUAUGGUUUAUCAAAGAUUUGUAACAACAAGGUGCAUAUUGAAGAACUACCAGGAAGUCACAGAAGCAUUUUAGUGGGGAAAAGUGCAUUACAAAUUGCGAAUAUCCUAAACACGUAAAAGAUAUAUUCCAAUUUAUGAAAUUAUUCUAAAUUCAAAGAAAUAUUCUAUAAUAUUAAUAUCAUUACUUAAAUGUACAUAAAUGUUACAUAGGUACAUUCCAAAGAACUCUCAAUGUACAUUGAUGUUGAUGGAAAUCAUCAAAACUUAAUGUUUAAUAUUUAAUAUGAUUCCUACAUAUUUUCUCUGAAAUUCCUUUUGUACAAAUGUUUUUCUCUUCAGGUUUC